AUGAAGGUUCUUGGCCUCGCUUUGCUAGCACUACUAGCUGAGACACAAUACGUUGCGGCCUUUGUCCCAUCGGGAUUCCAAGGGCGAAAUGUUGCCAGGAAUGCUGUUUCGGUUGACAUGUCGACGGAAUCUGAUGUUUCCAUUCCGUAUGAUGCAGCUGCCCGUUUGGCGUAUGACCAAUGGCGGGAUGAAUACCUAAAGGGAGAAUUCGAUCCAGUCAGAUACGAAGCAUUCAAAUCAAAUUACGAAGCUAUUGCAGUCAUUAAUGUUUCAUCCAAGAAGAAGGCCCGCGAUGAAGGAAACGAUUCCCCUUCUAUGCUUAACCUUAACGAAUAUGCCGACUUCACUGCUGAAGAAUACGAGGCAAUGACCAAGGGAGAGGAACCAGAAGCUCCUCCAACUUCGUCUGAUGUUCUUGGACAGGCGAUGGAAGCUGCUCAAUCGCAAAUGGCCGCUUCGUCGGCCCUUCAAGAGGCUUCUGAUGCUUUAGCCGAAGAGGAAGAGAAAUUGGCUGCACAAUUGGGACUUGAAAGUGUUGAGGAAUUGGAGCAAGCACUAGACUCGUUGGAGGGAAUUGCACCAGAUGGUGGAGCACUUGAGAACGACAAUCUUGCACGAGAAGCCCGAGUACGAUCAGCUUACCUAGAAUGGUGCAAGGAAUACGAAAAGGAGCCAGAUGAAACCAGGUUUACCCAAUUUAUGUCCAACUAUUUGGAAAUGGAAGAAUAUGCCAAGGAAAGUGGAAAAAGUAUGCUUUUGAACGAAUUCGCUGAUUACACAGAAGAAGAAUACGUGAACCAAAAAAAUGGAGUUGCCCCUGCCCCUGUUGUAGAGGAAAAGCCGGAAGCUAAGGUGGAAGCUAUGGAAAAGCCCGAACCUGAGGUGGAAGCUGAGGAAAAGCCCGAACCUGAGGUGGAAGCUAAGGAAAAGCUCGAAUCUGAGGUGGAAGCUAAGGUUGAAGAGGAGGUGGAACCAAGUCCAGAAGAAGAUGCAGCUGCCGCCAAGGCUAAGGCUGAUGAAGAGGCCAAGAUCAAGGCCGAGCAAGAAGCUGCUGCCAAGGCUAAGGCUGACGAGGAAGCUGCCGCCAAGGCUAAGAAAGAAGCUGCCGCCAAGGCUAAGGCUGACGAGGAGGCCAAGAUCAAGGCCGCUGAUGAAGCCAAAAGAAAGUCCGAAGAAGAAAAGGCAGAGAAGUACCUUGCGGAAAAGGCCCGUCUUGCUUCCAUGACAGAUGAGGAAAUUCGAAAGGAGAUCGAGAAGGAAAAGAGUGAUCGUCAAAGUGCGCAAGCUAAAGCUUUGGAGAAGGAACGUCAGGCUGAAGAAGCUGCUGCAAUUGCUGCUGCCAAGGCUGCCGCUGAAGCCUCUGCGGCAUCGAUUGCCAAGGCCCGUGCCAUCCAAGAAGAAGCUGGCGAGCUUGCUCGUCAAAAGGCCGCGGCUUGGGCAAAGAAACAAGAAGCAUUGAAGCCUGAACCACGAAAGGUGUCAGUGCCAAAGAAGGUCCCAGUGCCACCAAAGCAGGCCCCACCAAGGAAGAGCAUCCCAGUCCCACCUCGUCCAACUCUCAGCUUGGAUUCAAUCUUUGGAGCCCCCAAGAAGGAUACCCCUGCCCCUAAAAAGGAUGCCCCUGCUGCUCCCAAAAAGGAUGCGCCCACCCCUGCUAAGGCAGCCAUUAACAGACCAACAUUCAGCCUGAACGAUAUCUUCAAGGCACCAGAGUCCAAGCCCGCAGCUCCGAAGGCUGCGGCUCCCAAGCCAGUCGCCAAGCCAGCUCCAAAGAAGGCCGAGGCCAGACCUACACUUAGCCUAACUGACAUUUUCUCUGGGCCGAAGUCAGAAACCAAGGCUCCUGCUGCCAAGGCCACUCCUCCAGCACCUAAGAAGGCUGCUCCUGCUCCGGCAAAGAAGGCCGCGCCAAGACCAACUCUAAGUUUGGAUUCCAUCUUUGGCUCUGCCCCCGCGCCAGCAAAGAAAGAAACCAAGUCACCUGCUCCAGCGCCCAAGGCACCUCCAGCACCCAAGAUUGAUAUUAGUGAUCCGGUGUCAGAAACCUUGUCUUCAAUUUUUGGUGGAUCCAAGAAGACCGCAGCUCCAAAGGCAGCCCCCGCCCCCAAGCCAGCUCCAGUUAAGAAACCCGUUGCCAAGAAGGCUGCUGCUCCAGCUUUCUCUUUCUUCAACGCACCAAAGCCAGCACCAAAGAAGGCAGCUGCUCCCGCUCCAGCCCCUGCUCCAAAGAAGGCUCCCGCUCCAUCCUUCUCGUUCUUUAACGCACCAAAACCAGCACCUAAGAAGGCCCCUGCUCCGGCUCCAGCUCCGGCACCUAAGAAGGCCCCUGCUCCAGCCUUCUCUUUCUUCGGCAGCGGUACCAAGCCAGUUGGCCAGAAGGCAGCACCAGCAGCACAACCUGCCCCUGCACCAAAGGCAGCACCAAAGAAGCCUGCUUUCUCGUUUGGAGCUCCCAAACCGAAGCCUGCACCAACACCUGCUCCAGCCCCAGCUCCCGCACCCAAAAAGCCUGCUUUCUCCAUGUUUGGCGGAUCAAAACCAGCACCAAAGGCAGCACCCGCACCGGCACCAGCCCCAGCUCCAAAGAAGCAAGCAUUCUCUCUCUUUGGAGGCGGUGCCCCUGCAAAGAAGGCACCUGCUGCUGCAGUGAAGAAGGCACCAGUCCAAAAGAAGGCACCAGUAAAGAAGGUUGCCCCAGCACCAAAGGACAACACCCCAGUCCUUUCCCGAUGGUCUCAAAAUGCUGAUGGCUCCAUCUCUGGUGUCAUUAGUAAUUCUCCGAACUUCAAGAAUGGAACCAAGAUCACAACAUCUGCAGUUCGCAAGGGCGCGAAGGCCGGAAGUGUGGUAACAACCGGAUCUGGUAGCAAGUAUAGAUUGAGCUAG